AUGGUGCCUCAAAUGUCGACGAUGUCCAAAGUGUUCGGUUCGCAGGCGUUCGAACAAUACAUAUACGAUCUAAUGCUGCUGGAGGCUGUGUGGAGGAGGUUUAAUUCAAGAGGGUAUGAGAAGUUUAGGAGCUUGGCAAAAAUUUCUAAGCCGAAAAGAAGAGAAAAAAGCUUGAAGUGGAUAGUGAUAAUGGUGAUAAGAGGGAGAAAAAGAGGGGUUGGCAAGACUGAGAUGGGACUGCUGGAGGUGGUUACAGAGGAAGAAGACAAUGGAGGGGAUGAUUUAAGUAGUUUGUUAGCGGAGGAAUUUAAGGCGAAAAAUGGAACGCCUAACCAGGUUGUUACUUUUGGACGGGCGGUACGCGAAUGA